AUGGCCCCCAAGAUCGACCCAAACGAAAUCAAGAUCAUCUACCUCCGGGCGAUGGGAGGUGAGGUCGGUGCCUCGUCGGCCCUUGCACCAAAAAUUGGCCCUCUCGGUCUCUCACCAAAGAAGGUCGGCGAAGAUAUCGCAAAGGCAACCUCGGCGUGGAAGGGUCUCCGCGUCACUGUCCAACUAACUAUCCAAAAUCGUCAAGCAAAGGUCGACGUCGUCCCUUCCGCCUCCUCUCUCGUCAUUAAAGCCCUUAAGGAGCCACCACGAGACCGCAAGAAGGAGAAGAACAUCAAGCACUCGGGUAACAUCACUUUCGACGAGAUUGUGGAGAUUGCGAGGACGAUGCGGUCCAAGUCGCUUGCGAGGACACUUGCCAACGGCGCGAAGGAGAUUCUGGGAACUGCCCAAAGCAUAGGCUGUACAAUCGACGGCCAGACCCCGCACGAUGUCAUCGACGCGAUUAACUCGGGGGAGAUUGAGGUACCAGAUGAGUAG